AUGGAAGCAGAGGCUCCGAGCUGCCACUGACGUGACCGGGGAGAGUUGGGGGUGGGGGGGCGGCUACGGGGAGCGAAGAGACCGUGACCGUUGCCGCUGCUCUCUGCUCCGACGCUCCGAUUCGGAGGAAUCGGGCUUCGAAAGGCUUCCAUCGUGGCUCGCUGCUGAAAGCUCGGUCUGUUUCCAGCCUGACCUUGUCUUCCAUUGCCAAGUGGUGAAGGAUGGUGCUGGUGUGUUCCCUCGUUCUGUUCUACGUCCUGCUCCCGUCCGCCAGCCCUUUGAUGCCUAAUGAUCCCAACGUGUGCAGCAGCUGGGAGAGGUACACUGUCAGCAGACAGGAGGAGUACGCGAUUCCCCAGGUCGAGACGACGCAGGAGGACUGCGAUGAUCCCAGGAGCAACUAUCGGUGCACCAGGCACAGGAUCACCUACCGUCAGAUGUACCGGCCGGGGGUACAGACUGACUACCGGAAACGCACGCGCUGUUGCCAGGGUUACUACGAGAGAAGGGGUAUCUGUGUGGCCCAGUGCAGCCAGGAGUGUGUCCACGGCCGGUGUGUGGGACCCGAUCGUUGCCAGUGCGAGCCGGGAUGGCGAGGGUCCGACUGCUCCAGCAACUGCUCUCUGCAGACCUGGGGCCCUGCCUGUGCAGACUGUGGGUGCAAGAACGGGGGGAUCUGUGACCCCACCUCCGGCCGCUGUUCCUGCCCCUCUGGGUAUCUGGGUGCCAGCUGUGAGGACACCUGUCCGGCAGGGACCUACGGACUGCACUGCCUGAGGAGAUGCCGGUGUCGGAACCAGUCGAGCUGUGACCCCUCCUCUGGGCAGUGUUGGUGUGCACCCGGGACUACUGGAGCACUCUGUGAACGACCGUGCAAGGAAGGAGACUGCGGUUCCCAGUGUCCCUGUCAGUAUGGGGGCACGUGUACCGCAGGGGAUGAGGCCUGUCUCUGUCUACCUGGCUGGAUGGGCUCCGUUUGCGCCCUGCCCUGCCCACAGGGAACCUUCGGACAGAACUGCAGCCACCAAUGCCAGUGUCACAACGGAGGGCAGUGUGACCACGUCAGGGGACAGUGUCGGUGUGCGCCAGGCUACACUGGGGACAGAUGCGAGGAGGAAUGCCCACAGGGCACGUACGGCCUGGACUGCGCUCAGACUUGCGACUGCCUGAACCAGGCCCAGUGCAUGCACGUCGAUGGGGCCUGUUUGUGUGCACACGGUUUCGAGGGUGCACGCUGCAGCCAACGACACUGUCAGGACCAGCUCUAUGGCCACCAGUGUAACAUGCAGUGUACAUGUGAUCCCCUGCACACACAGAGCUGCCACCCUGUGACAGGAGUCUGCACCUGUGACCCCGGCUGGUCCGGACCCCAGUGUAACGAGAGCUGUGCUCCCACUUUGUACGGGACAGGCUGCCUGAAAGGCUGCCUGUGUCUGAACGGAGGCAAAUGCAACCCUGUGUCUGGCCAGUGCGCCUGUACUCCCGGUUACACGGGUAGCCACUGUUCUGAGGUGUGCCCACUGUGGACCUACGGACAGAAUUGCUCCUUCAUAUGCCAAUGUCAGAAUGCUGCCUUCUGUUCGCCUGUGGAUGGGAGUUGCCACUGUCUAUCAGGAUGGACGGGGUGGGACUGCACUGUGCCCUGUGAUCGCAGCCGCCGGGGUCUCAGCUGUAACAACACCUGUCUCUGUGCCAAUGGGGCCACCUGCCACCCCGUGGAUAGGACCUGCACCUGCGGCCCAGGGUGGCAGGGGCCCAGGUGUGAGAAACCGUGCCUGCCCCACCAGUUCGGUCCCGGCUGCACCGAGCAAUGCAGCUGCAACAGCCCGAAAAGUUGCAACGCACGAACCGGCUCCUGCCAGUGCCCUGCUGGUCGAACAGGGCCUUGGUGUGAGGAGGUCUGUGAGCUGGGGCGCUGGGGACCAGACUGUGCCUUCGAGUGCCGCUGCCUGAAUGGAGGUCGUUGCCACUGGGAGAACGGAAACUGCCUGUGCGCGCCGGGCUACAGUGGUCCGAACUGCCAGCACCAUCAGCUGGGGAAUAAUUCCAGUAAGAUCACCCCAGCUCCUUCAGCAGAUGGACUGUCACUUGGGGCCACGAUCAGCAUUGUGAUCCUGCUAGCUGUGGUUGUCUUCCUGCUCUCCUUCUUCAUCUGCCUGAGACACAAGUACGGAGGGAAAGCCACCAGACUGCCUCCAGUGACCUACACAGCAGCCGUGGCGAUGAGCAACGGAGAGUACGUUGUACCAGACGUGCCACAAAGUAACGUCCAUUACUACGCCAACCCCAGCUACCACACCCUGCCACAGCGACCACCCUGCCAACCACCCCUCCCUGAGCUACCCGGCAACAGGAACAGCACCAAGAAGACCGACAACCUGUUCUGGAGCAAGAAGAACCUGGAGGUGGAGAGUCCUGGGCUGCUGCUGGACUGUAACGCCACCUUGCCCGCUGACUGGAAGCACAGCGCCAAGCACAAGGAGCUGGGCAUGUGUCCAAUGGACAGAAGUUAUAGUUGCAGCAACAAUCUCCCCAAGUACAUCAACACAGUACUCCCGGCUUCCGGGCCCGACGCCGGCUCCAACGAGGGGUCGCUGAGCAGCGGGGAGAAUGUCUACGCCACCAUCCAGGACCUGCCGUCCCUGGAGGGCAGAUUCCCCGAGAGCAGCUACGUGGAGAUGGGGUCACGGGGCGGACACGAAGAGACCCACGCCGGCAACGCAAGGGAGAAGGUCAACACAGGGCCACCUGUGCGAGGAGAGACCGUUCCGGUAUCCCGGGACAACCCCGGCCACUACUCCUGGCCCAGGAACAGCGACAUCCCCAGUCACUACGAUCUUCCCACCAGCCACCCCCAUUGCCCCUCCCUGCAGCAGCAGAGAUAGAGUCUGGGAAGGGACGGAUUGGGGCAACCCCAGCGGCCUUGCGCUACCUGCCCAUUGCCCCUCCACCACGCCACUCGAGUACUGAAACCAUCAUUAGCCACCACUGUUCCCUAGAUCUGAGGAGCUGCCGACGGACCUAUCUUCCCAAAUACCUGCCUCCCACUGGAUUUCCCAGUUGGUUACUAAGCUGCCGUCUAAUGUCGUAGCAAGGCUGGAAUUGUGGAAAAUUCCCUCGGGCUGAAGACGGCAUUUCCAAUCAAAGGAGACUAGGGCAAACGCAGGCCCUAAGGAAAUGCAAGACACUGGGAAACGCAGACUGGGGAAUGUGGGCCACUGAUGGCAAGCGGGGACAGAGUGCGAUUAAAAUGCCCCCAGCAAACACACAGACUGUGUUGGGGUGGGGGCGGUGGAGAUGACGGAAAACGCAGGCUGCAACACAGACCACGGGGAAACAGCAUGCAAAUCUGAGCAGGGUUGUUAAAUGCGGCCCGAGCGCAGAUCUUUGAUUCCGCAGGUGAAUUGCGGGUUUAUUGUUGGGCGAGGGGUGGGAAGGUACGCUUGCUCGGCUCCCGUUGGAUAGUAUCGUCGCUUUGUGGGAGGGGCGGUGCUGAGGGAGGGAACGUCGCACCGUGAGAGGGGCUGAAUUGUCAUCUUCUGUGGUGUAUUGAAUGCUGCAUUAUUGCCAGUGCUGAUGCCACGAUUAGCGAUUUUCCUUCUGUUACCGCUCCGAGCCCCGACUUCGUUUGGAACUGUGAAAGUAUGUACCUGAACACUUCCUGCUUCUCGAUUCCUGUGUGAUGAGGUGUGGUCGGGCCUGCAGAUCCGAACCCAACUCUCACAAUAAGGUUUAUAAGCACUGACGUAUAUGACAAAAUUACUGAAAAUGAAUAAAUGGUGCGGGGGAAAAAAUAGAAUAACGAGGUAAUGUUCCUGGGUUCAUGGACUGUUUGGAAAACUGUUGGGCGAGGGGAAGAAUCGUUGAGGCUCCUGUAUCUCCUCCCAAAGUGGGCAUGUCCCCAGUGGCUGGGGUUCUCAGUGAUGAAUGCACCU